AAAACAUGGUUUUUUAGAUUAAUUUUUUUAUCUACUAUAAUUAUUUUGAAUUGUUGUAGUGCACAUCCGUGCGUGGACUUCUUGCCGGAGCUCACAUAUGAGCUGCCAAAUUUACGCUGCCCCCCUCCCCCUGCCUCACUCCCCAUGCAGCUUCAGUCCCUCUCUUGUGCAUAUGCUUCAGCAACUUCAGAGCCUGGCUGUUUUGGGAUGAAACGGUGUAGGACUCGCACUGCACUCAUUGCUCUAUUAAAAUGCAGAAAUUUGUAUACUUGAAAAAACAGGAAGAAAUUUCCACAGUUCAUGCCUGAACCCAAAUAAAUACAAUAUAAGAAUCCUUUAAUAGCAAAUUUAAUUCAGACAAUUUCUCAUUGCAUGUACUCAACUUUUAUAAUCAGAGUAAUGAAAAGAGAACCUUCAGUAAAGCCAUAAGAUUUAGUAAAAUGAAUAUAAAUUAUAGUUGUAGAUAGUACUUCUCCCACUACACUGUUUAUACCUAUUCAAACAGGCCUUCUGAAGUCUCUCAUGAUUUUUCUUUAAGGAGAGAGUGAUUGGUUCAGGGAGUGAGGCAGGGGGAAGGGGGAGCAGGGUAAAUUCCUAAGCACACAUCCCCAGCUCCGGCGAGAAGUCCGUCCACGCUGCGCGCAGGUGAGUGGCAUGGACUUCAAAAGGGUCCCAUAACGAGUAUACUACUGCGCGAGUCAAGGGCCUUCUGGGAAGACCAAAGCCCCGCAGAAUUCCUGCUUGUUGUAGUUCUUGAUGUAGUGAUUGGUCAGGGACGGGCCACAUGAUUUUGAGUUAUGAAUUUUCUUAAGCUGUACUAAAUUUUCUCACUUUGAACGUUGUGUGCUCAGCAGUGGAUGAGACCGCGUACAUUUUCUGAGCUACGCCUUCCCGCCCAAAAAUGUCGUCGAUUGGGCGAAUUGUCCGAUGGAAGCCUACCUAUAUGAGGGUUGCGUCCAUGCGGAGAUGAGGGUUGUCUCAAAGGAUGUAGAUGAUGUCGCUCUUGGGGUCAAUUGGGCUUCUGCUGCUCAUGGCACGGAUGUGUCUGCAUCAUUAGUUGACGCGUUUCGUGGAUUAGGAGGCGAUCACCGCUCUGCCACAAUUCAGGAUGAGCUCAAAAACAAUGAGGGUGAUGCUUUGGAACUGCGGCCGUAAGAGGAGGAGAAAGGGAGCUGGAUUAAGGAGGAUGGCGGGGCCACUCCGUCAAUUCGGUUUCUGCAAUGGACGAACAUUGGUACAAAUUAUUGAGGACCGCUGCUAUGGUUGGCGCAUUCCACCUUGUUCUCUAUAGACCGCAUAUAUACUUGAGUGCUGAUCACAAAUUUUAUUCCUGCAUGGACAUAGCUCAAACUAUUGUAGUGAAUUUAGAAUUACAUGCAUGUACUGUAUGAGGCAAUGUAUAUAUCAUUUUUAUAAUAUACAAAAUUACGGUUAAGCAUCAAUAAAUAGCAUUGCAUUACUAUCACCAUGCAGAAAUCCAUGGAUUUCCUUCAUGACUGCUUAUAUGCAGCAUUAUGAACAAACAAUACUGUAUAUUCAAAUUUAUCAAAUAUACCAGGAAUAUCUACCUUAUUCCACUUAUGCUUUGCUACCGGUGUUCAUAUUGGCAACGGAGUAGCUGUGAGAAGAGAGAUUGGGGAGCAAGAGAAGGAAAAAAUAAAUACCAUGCUCUACCAUACUGCAUCGCGCGGGAAUCGCGCCACUUCUUGUCUCGCUCUGGGAUUGGCUAGGGCACAUGUGCAAUGGGACAGACAAGGAGGGAACGAAGGAAGGUUGGUGUGGUACAGUACCUACAGCAUAUGCGUCAGUUGCUGGAAGCUCUGCGGUGCGGCAAGAGGCGGGGAAGCAAUGGUGUAUGAACUGUAUGUGUUAAAGCUGUAUCCUGGGGUAAACUCCCUCCGAGGCACUGAACAAAAUGAUCGCAGAAGACACGCUUCACGUUUUCGGGGUUUUGUCGAAUCGGGACAAUCCCGCGUUGCGCUCGUGGCACGAUGCGGGAAAUAUUCCGAUGGAAACGGAGGAAGUUGAUGACGAAGUGCCAAAUCUGAGUGAGAUUGCAUGCUUGGACGAGCCUUUGAGACAUGAGGAAGUGAAAGAGUCGAGUGCUUCUGGGUCGGAUAUUGUCGAUAAAUCGGACGAACCACUCCUAGAGAGGCGUAACUUGGUUGAAGUUAUUUCAAAUGUAGAGAUAGAAAAUGAUGUGCUUUCGGCAGUGAGUGCCGGGUCGCUGCAAUCCUCUCCAGUCUUCGUCGAGUUCCACGAAGCUUCGAAGUUAUCCUUGCCUGAAGAAGCUUUAGGAAAGCUUCCAACUAAACAACUUCAUUAUUCGAGCUCUUCUCCGAAUUUAAAUUUCCCAUCCGAUGACUGCUCGCUGAAAUCAGAGACGCUUGAAAUCAAGAAGGUGACUUUGGCGGAGUUCGCUGAUGUCCCCAAAUCAGACGAAGAAGCCUUAUUUAUUAAAGGGAUCCCUGAUCUGAAAACGGAAAUUGACGAGCUUAAAGUGGAAAUGGAAGAACCUCAACGAUCAUCCCCGGUUCUAGAUUGUCUAGAAGAAGGGAAUUGUGUGCCUGAGGAAGCAUCAAAAACGCGCCAAGUGAUGGAUUCGGUUCGUUCGAGUUCCCCAGGGUCGAAUCCCAUGCCAGAUGGCUCCUUGCUGGAAUCGGAGUCACUGCAUAUUAAAGAUAUGACUUCUUCGGGGUCGGAUGUCAACAAAACCUUAUCCGGAAAUGGAGGGAUUCCGAGUGUAGAACUGGACAUUUAUGAGCUUUCCGCCGACAGUGCCGAUGCAAGGAAGUCAUCCUUGUCUCAAGGAGCGUUUGACUUGCCCCCAGUGAAAGACCUGGUUCGUUCGAGCUCUUUCACAAUCUCAAACUCUACUUCCGAUGGCUGCGCCUUGAAAAAGUUCAGCAGCGAUGAACACCUACCAGCAGCGAAAAAAUUCGAUUUCGGAAACGACGGGGAAAUUUUGGAACGGGUGAAUUUGCAGAGUCUGGCUUGUCAAAUAUCCGAAUGCGAACUGAUGUUGCGAAGUUUGGAGCCCUCGAUUAAUGACGCGGAUGCGCGUGCGCGAGUGGAUCGAUGGAAACGAGCCGUAUAUGACGGGAAGUUCCGUUGUACACGGUUAUUGUUGCAACUUUUCCUUGGGAAGGACUUGGAAAGCAAGAAGCGUUCUCCACGACUGAUCGCUCCGACUCCAUUAAAACGCACGUUUGACUCAAUCCGGCCAUUUCACGUGUUGUGUCAAUGGGGGAUUCUUCCGGGGAUCGAGAUCCUGUACGAUGUUGCGGAGAGGUAUUCAAUCCCGACCCAGUGCUCCAAGUUCCACAAGUUGGAUUCCUUUUUUCGUACUCACGUCAUGUCGGAGUUUUGCCUCAAUUUGGACAUUGGGAUGUUGAAAUGCUUGUCCACGGUGCCGAGUGUUUCGGACGGGAAAUUGGACAUUGAUGUAUUUGAUCCAGAAUGCGUCGCGUUUAUCGAAGCGUGGGCGACUUCGCUGCAGUGUCGACAAGUGAGCAAGUUCAACCGCAGAACCUUGACGCAUGAUAUUUUCGCGUCCGAGGGAUUCUUCCACCUCGCUCCGGAUCCGAGGUGGGAAAUGCUUCAGAGCGACCAAGAUUCCGAGGUUUUCGCGGAGAUUGACAAGUAUUACGUGGACAGUGGGCCUUCUUCAGUGUCUUCCGAGCCUCCGCCGGUGUCGCAGAUUUUGUGUCGUGAAGAGAAGUUGGAUAAUAUCGUGGCGGAGCACGUGAGCAGGGCGAUGGAGAAUCUGAACUUGGGAGAUGCCGGCUGGAACCUGGGAACGUUUUUCCACUUGUUCGCUGGUGUGGCCUAUCACAUUUUGUAUUCGUUGUUGAGCGGGAGACCCGUGGUGAUUGCGGGGAUCGAGUCCAGUGAGAGCAAUGUCGUGGAAAGGGUGGUGUGCUGCACAAACUUGCAGAAGCUGGCCAAGGUUGGCCUCCUAAUGUUUGGUUGGUGUAGCGACAACGGCAGCACAUUGACGGCAACACUCAUGGCCAAUCAGAACUGGAUCUUGUGGCGCUCUCAGACCGCCAACCAAUUGGCCAACUUUCUAGGCUCCUUGCUCCUCUCGUCGACUGUCAGCGUGGGUUCCAGCAGAGCUGCAAAGUCUGAUUCCUCAGGACGAAUUUUGGCUGAUGCGGUGGAUCGGGCGCAGGUGUUGGAGCCUGAAAACUGCGUGACCAGGUGUUUGUUGUGUGGACUGCCAACACGGCUGGUGGACUUUUUGGUGGGUGCCGGACUGCGACCCAUGGCCAUUCCCAGCUACAACCACUGGAGCAACAAUGAUGACCAGAACCUGAGUGAAGCUGCCCAGUUCUGCGCCAAGGAGCUGUGCGAGACAAACGUGGUGGACGGACAAUCCUUAAUGGGCUCUGACCACCUGGUGGUCAUCAAAUACGUGCCUGCUAUUGGGGACAGCAAACAAGUUUUGGACGAGUCUGAGACAGAUUUCUUCCAGGGCGGUCGGAGGACUUUUUCCAUGAACAAAAUGUGUGCAAGGACUCUCUGCCAGCCGCCCCCACUCAUCUUGGACCUGGCUGAGUUCUUGACGCAAGUGAAGACUGCCAAGGACAACAUAUUCCGAAGCAUGAACGUGGUGUUGUCAUUGCUGAAGGAAAAUAAAUAA